GUACCAAGUUUAUUCAUGGAAGUAGAGGAACCGAACGACUUACGCAAUUCCACAACCUCUACCGGCUGCCACCAGCUUGGUCCAUCGAUGACAUCUUGCGGAAUGAUGCAGUCUUUGCCUUCGUGGAGAGACACAUGCAAACUACUGUAGUUAAGGCUUGCAACAAUUCAUCUUAAGGAGCAUCUUUAACCCCUCUGACUGUUAAGGGGGAAACGCGUCAAAGAUGCACUUAAAGAUGAAUAUAUGCGAGGUCUAAUACUGGGAGAACUUCUGAAGAUAGAAGUAACAGCCUUUCUGGUCCUCGACUAGACAAAACAAUCAACAAUAGUCGACCACAUCAAGUAGCAGCAGAAGCAGCUGGCGGGAGUAGUCCCGUGUUUUCGGAUUACGAGGGUGUUGGUGAUGGACAGCGCCUACAGCAUCAAGUGGCAGUAGAGGCAGACUUCGAGCAGGAGUCUAUCAAUUAUUCUGAUUGCAGCAUAGAUGAAGACGACUUCGAGGAAGAAAUGAUCGGUCGUGCAAGAACAAGUACCACAUGUCAUACUUCAAGUGGAAGAACGACCACGUCCAAGCAUAGCCAUAGCAUGAUGAGAAAUGACACACUACAAAAAUCUAUCUCUAACAGAGCUUCUGAACAGACACACCAGCAAAACAACAGAAACGACAGUCCUCUUCACAUUCUUAGCAUGAGUGCGAAUGUUGUUUUCGACGAUGCCGAUGAGCAGGAGUUUUCUUUUUCAGUACCAGCGCAGCAACAUACAUCCCGACAAGAACAUACGAACAAGGCCAAGAAGAGCUCAUACUACACGAAAGACUACAUCACGCAUAAUUAUGACGACAAUUAUGCUCAAGAUAUGUUGAACAGAAGUGC